AUGGUGGCCCGGUGGCUGCUACAGCUAGUGCUUCUUCUUGGCCUCGCCGGCGUUCUUCAGGUCCAUGGCCAGGUCGACAAGUUAGCCAGUUUCAUAACCAUAGACUGUGGCCUGCCGGAGAAUUCCCCCGGCUACAUGGACAACGUCACCAAGCUCCGGGCAACCGGGGACGCCGGCUUCACCAACACCGGCACCAACCACAACAUCUCCACCGAGUACAUCACCCCGACGAUGGGCUGGACUUGGCACACCGUGCGCAGCUUCCCCACCGGCGUGCGCAACUGCUACACGAUCCGUCCAGUAGGAUCGGCCGGGCCCAACUACCUCAUACGCGCCUUCUUCAUGUACGGAAACUACGACGGGCUCAAUAGUCUGCCCAUCUUCGACAUUUACCUCGGCGUCAACUACUGGAAGACUGUGAACAUCACUGCCACUGACAUGCCAUUGAUCGUGGAGGUCAUCGCCUACGUUUAUGGCGGCAUUGUGCAGGUAUGCCUCGUGAACACUGACUCCGGGACGCCGUUCAUCACCAGCCUGGGCCUGAGGCCCCUCAAGACGACGCUCUACCCGCAAGUCAACGCGACGCAGGGGCUUGUUCUUAUCACCAGGUCCAGCUUUGGCACUAAUAAGACUGUGAGGUACCCCGACGAUGCCUACGACCGGGUAUGGCUCCCAUGGACCAAGCCGCAUCCGGACGAGUGGCUGGAGAUCUCAACGGCCGAGAACGUGGAAGAUAACCUCGAAAGCUUCGAGGUGCCCUCCGCCGUGAUGCGCACCGCCGUCACGUCCGCCAACGCCUCCUCCCCCGUCCGCUUCUCGUGGGACGCGGUGCGGAACGCCAACUACCACGUCCCCGGGUACUCCUGGAUGCUCUACUUCGCGGAGCUGCAGAAGGACGCCGUGCGCGGGUUCUACAUCACCACCAACGGCGAGCUCUCGUACCCGCACGUCAUGACGCCGGCGUACCUGGCAACCGACGCCGUCUUCCAGCGCAAACCUGUCCAUGGCUUCGACCGGUACGAGAUCUCGCUGAACGCCACCGCGAACUCGACGCUCCCUCCGAUCAUCAACGCCGUCGAGGUCUUCUCGGUCCUCCCCACCACCGGCGUACCCACGGCCCCUCAGGAUGUUUCUGCCGUCACGGCGGUCAGAGACAAGUACCGGGUGAAGAAGAACUGGAUGGGGGAUCCCUGCGCGCCGAGGAAAUUUGCGUGGGAUGGAUUGAGUUGCGACUACGCUGUCUCCGGACCACCAACUGUCAAAGGCUUGAAUCUGUCUUCAAUGGGUCUGAGUGGCAAUAUCUCGUCUUCUUUUGGGGACCUCAAAGGUUUACAAUACUUGGAUUUGUCUCGCAACAAUCUCACCGGCUCCAUUCCUGACACCCUUUCACGAUUGUCAUCGCUCACACUUCUUGAUUUGACAGGAAACCGGCUUACAGGAGAAAUUCCUUCCAUGCUUCUGAAAAGAAGCCAAGAUGGCUUCCUAACUCUGAGAUAUGAAAACAACCCGGACAUCUGCAGCAACGGCAAUUCUUGCGUGCCUCCAAAGAAGAAGAGCAAUUCGAUGGUUCCUGUCUAUGUUGCUAUUCCAAUAGUUGCAGUACUCGUGAUUGUGUUGCUUUUAGUGCUGCUCAUGUGCAUGCGAAGGAGAAGGCAAGGAACAGCAAGCAACAGCAUCAAGCCGCAGAAUGAGACGCGCUUUACCCCGUCGCACUCUUGGAAUAGAAACAAAGACAGCUCACUGCAACUGAACAAUCAGCGAUUCACGUACGAGGAAAUAAAGGUCAUAACGAACAACUUCCAGCGAGUGAUCGGCCAAGGAGGGUUUGGUAAAGUCUAUGAUGGAUUCUUGGAGAAUGGCACCCAGGUGGCUGUCAAGCUUCGGUCUGAGUCAUCAGCUCAAGGUGUACAAGAGUUCCUGGUCGAGGCUCAGACGUUAGCUAAGAUUCAUCACAAAAAUCUUGUAACCAUGAUUGGCUACUGCAACGAUAGAGAGCACCUAGCCCUCGUGUACGAGUACAUGUCCGAAGGGGCCCUACAUGAACAUCUGAGAGGCAGACACUACGACACAACAUUAACCUGGGCACAGAGACUUCGUAUUGCACAGGAAUCCGCACAAGGGCUUGAGUAUCUACACAAGGGCUGCAAUCCACCCCUCAUCCAUAGGGAUGUGAAGACAUCAAACAUCUUGCUAAAUGCGAACCUUGAGGCCAAGAUUGCGGAUUUUGGCCUACUCAAGGCAUUCAAUUGCGAUGAUGAUACCCAUGUGUCCACAGCCAGGUUGGUUGGCACGCAUGGUUACAUUGCCCCUGAGUACCUAACAACAUUGCAGCUGACUAAUAAGACUGAUGUGUAUAGUUUUGGAGUAGUGUUGCUGGAAAUAAUCACGGGCCAACCUCGCAUCUUGAAUAAUCCGGAACCUUCAAGCAUCACCAAGUGGGUCCAGGAACGGCUUUCCCAGGGAAACAUAGAGGGCGUGGUGGAUGCGCGCAUGCAUGGAGAGCACGACAUCAACAGCGUGUGGAAAGCAGCGGGCAUUGCUCUCAAGUGUACUGAGCAGACACCAGCGCAACGGCCAACAAUGACCGAGGUGGUGUUACAGCUGCAAGAGUGCCUCGAGCUUGAGACUGUGCGCUGCAGCGGUGGCAGCACGAAUCCUAAGUUUUACAUGACGAGUGGCAGCGACUCGUUCUCAAGUUAUAAUCGAUACGCCGCUAACCAGUCUGCUAGUGUGAGUCAUAGCAAUGAUGUAUUUGAGGUGGAGCGUUUAGGCAGGGUUCCAACCAUGACUACUGGUCCUGUCGCCAGGUGA